AAAACGAAGAGAAAUAACAACCAACAGAUUUUCAGAGCUUUGAUUCAUUCUUCUUCUUCUCCAAUGGCUCUCUCUUCCAUUACUUCUUCUUCUUCAGCAACUGCAACAGCAACAUCAAGCUCCUUCUUCUCUCGUCUCGGAUCUUCCUCCGAAACCAAAGCUUCGCAAUUUGGUUCGCUUCGGAUUCUGGAGAAACCUCAUGUUUCGGUUAAUUUGCAUCAAAGACGGACCUCGGUGAAGGCUCUGAAUGCUGAACCUCAAAGGAAGGAUUCGAUUGUUCCUCUUGCAGCUACCGUCCUUGCUCCUGAGGUUACUGAGAAGGAAGAGGAGGAUUAUGAACAAUUAGCGAGGGAGUUUCAGAAUGCUUCUCCUCUUGAAAUUAUGGACAAGGCACUGGAGAAAUUCGGCAAUGACAUCGCUAUUGCCUUCAGUGGUGCUGAAGAUGUUGCUCUAAUUGAGUAUGCACACUUGACUGGUCGACCAUACAGGGUGUUCAGUCUGGACACUGGGAGACUGAAUCCAGAAACAUACAAAUAUUUUGACGAAGUUGAGAAGCAUUAUGGAAUUCGCAUUGAGUACAUGUUCCCUGAUGCUGUUGAAGUUCAGGCAUUAGUAAGGGCGAAGGGUCUCUUCUCAUUUUAUGAGGAUGGGCAUCAAGAGUGCUGCCGAACAAGGAAGGUUAGGCCCUUGAGGAGGGCCCUGAAGGGUCUCAGAGCAUGGGUAACUGGUCAGAGGAAAGAUCAGUCGCCUGGUACUAGGUCUGAAGUACCUGUUGUCCAGGUUGAUCCAGUUUUUGAGGGAUUGGAAGGUGGAGCCGGCAGCCUGGUAAAGUGGAACCCGGUUGCAAAUGUCAGCGGUCAGGACACAUGGAACUUCCUUAGAGCCAUGAAUGUGCCUGUGAAUUCAUUGCAUGCUCAAGGAUACGUUUCCAUUGGGUGUGAGCCAUGCACAAGGUCUGUUUUACCUGGACAGCAUGAAAGGGAGGGAAGGUGGUGGUGGGAGGAUGCCAAAGCUAAGGAAUGUGGUCUUCACAAAGGUAACUUGAGGCAGGAUGGUGACGCCGAGUUUAAUGGUAAUGGAAAUGGGGCUGCCAAUGCUAAUGGUUCUGCCACAGUUGCUGACAUUUUUGAUACCCAGAACGUGGUCAGUUUGAGCAGGACUGGAAUUGAGAAUUUGGCAAAACUGAAAAACCGAAAUGAACCAUGGCUUGUUGUGCUCUAUGCACCCUGGUGCCGCUUCUGCCAGGGUAUGGAGGAAUCAUAUCUUGAUUUGGCAGAGAAGCUAGCAGGGUCAGGAGUGAAGGUUGGGAAAUUUAGAGCGGAUGGAGAGCAUAAAGAAUAUGCAAAGAGUGAACUUGAGCUGGAAAGCUUCCCCACAAUACUCUUCUUCCCCAAACACUCUUCCCGACCAAUUAAGUAUCCUUCGGAAAAGAGAGAUGUUGAUUCAUUGAUGGCAUUCGUGAAUAUCUUGCGGUGAUGGUCAGCUGAGCCUGAGUAUUUGGCUCAAGGUUUUGUUGUAAUUGGUGAUGGUCAGCUGAGCCUGAGUAUUUGGCUCAAGGUUUUGUUGUAAUUGGUAAUAAAUUUAUUCGCAGAUUUUGUCUCAUUGAAGGUGGGAAUGGCAGUUUUGGCAGCAAAACGAAGAUUCUCAGCUGAGUAUCUCUGUAUAGUUUUUGAUAACCGUCCUCAAAAUUAUAAUUGUAGAAGUCAUUCUAUGAGGGGGUUUUGAUUUCCUGUUUUUCUAGAUAAGUAGACUUAUGGUUGGAUUUUCUUCAACUGUAUCAGAUUGUAGUUUUCUAGAUUUUGCCAAAUUUUCAUGGAAUGAAUGUCGAACAAUAACUUAUUUAGUUAGGGCUGUGCACUUCUGAUCAGCUUAUGUUGUAAGAUAUAAUGAUAUAAGGCACCUUUUAGUGUCGGUUUUGUUUUGUCAAAA